AACGCGGAGGAGGAGGAGAGCGUGUUCCUGCGGAGGUGUGGUCUGCUGCUGUUUUACCAACACCAACAGAAAAAUGCUCCCGUGACGUUCAUUGUUGAUGGUGCCGUGGUCAAAUUUGGCCAGGGUUUUGGGAAAACAAAUAUAUAUACUCAGAAACAAGAACCUCCCAAAAAGGUGAUGAUGACCAAACGCACCAAAGACAUGGGCAAAUUCAGCUCUGUCACAGUCUCCACAAUUGAUGAAGAGGAGGAGGAGAUUGAGGCGAGGGAGAUUGCAGAUUCCUAUGCACAGAAUGCCAAAGUGAUUGAGAAACAGCUGGAACGCAAAGGCAUGAGCAAGAAAAGGCUACAGGAGCUGGCUGAGUUGGAAGCCAAGAAAGCCAAGAUGAAGGGAACCCUGAUUGAUAACCAGUUCAAGUGA